UUGUAUGUAGACGUCGUGUGUAGUGGGAACCGUCCGUGGAAUCUAUGCAGUGGGGACUGUUAUAAAUUCACGAUGGAUCAAGUUGAAAUUAAUGUAACGAUGCCGACACCACCCACUAACUCUACAUCAUCCGAUUACGACCACGAGGGUGCGCUCUACUACGUAAUAGCUGUGUGUGCCGUGUACGGGUUUUCCGUCUUCUUGCUGGUGGCCUCUCACAUUCGCAGCAGAAAAUCCAAUCACUUAAACACAGAUCACCAGGUGACCAUAUAUUUUGAAGGCAUGGCCAAAAUCAGGAAGGAAAUGCAACACGACGAUCUGACGAGAAACAUGCGUGAAGUCAGACGCAAUUUGGCAGAUACGUUGGCUAGGUCGGCAAAGUGGCUGGACAACUGGAGGAAAAAUUCCCGUAUUAACAGGGCUACCCGCACCAGCUCGCUGCAUGUGGUUGCUGAGAACAAACCCAAAGAAGUGGGAGACAGACAAACGAACCAAGCCAAAGAGAAAACCCCCAUGUUAAAAACGUCCACAGUUCCUGAAUCAAAAACCGUCGACCAAACCAUGGACGCUUGUACUUGCGCUGUAGAUGCAGAAAAAAAGUGCAAUUUUUGUCGUGCACAGAACAUCGUCAAACUUUGGACCAGUAAACCAAACCCAUCAGCAGCGGGACCGAGCACAUCGAGAAAAACAAGCGAGAAACAAACUGUGAAACAAGCUAUUUUGGACUUCGACAAACAUUUCGAACAGGAAUUAAAGACGUAUGAGAUUUUGCAUAGUGAUGUCUAUGAUGUUUGAGAUCAAUGACUCAAAUGCGGAGGUUUUUGUGUCUAUACUAUCGUACUCAUUUCUUUCUGCAUUGUGAAAGUUCAACUUUAUAAUAACUGGUACAUCUUCGCAAAAUUCAUUGUUUUAAGAAUUAUUUGAAUACCAUUUGUCAA